GGUAAAGUAAGUCCCUUUUCUGCUUUCCCUUUUGUGUGUUUGUGUGUGUGGUUUCAUUCCUUCAUCUCUCUUUCUCUCUCUCACUCUUCUUCCCCCUCUGCUAACGAACCAACGAAACGCUCUUCUUCAUCUUUCGGUAAUCGAUUUAUCUCUCUCUCAGAAUCCGAACGUGUUUUCAAUCUCUCAAGCUCCCUCCCUUAGCUCCUCCCCCGUCCGAAACAAUGGUUUGAUUUUGCAGAGGGAGGAGGAUGGUUAAGUUCUCAGGCUGUUUGGUUCACCCCUUCUUGUUAUUUAUUAUCUGGCUAUCAAGCUUCCAAGAUGUAGCUGCUGCCUCUGCACAAUCCAAGGUUCAUGAGAAGCAGCAUACUAGCAAAUCCACUACCGCUGAGUUAGCAAACCCACCUGGCAUCGGAGUCUCCGGUCCCAUCCAAGUAUCUCCCUCCGUCAUCCCCAAAUACACAUCCCCUCCUCUCCCUUGGACACCACCAAUGUACCCUACUUUCCCCGACACUUACCAACCAAAGCUAACCGGAAAAUGCACCGCAGACUUUCAAACACUCUCCACCGUUAUCGACACAGCGGCCUCUGAUUGUUCCCAACCCUUCGCUGCGCUCGUUGGAAACGUGAUUUGCUGUCCGCAGUUCGUUAGCUUACUUCAUAUAUUCCAAGGACAGCAUGACGUGAAGUCGGAUAAGUUGGUUCUCCCUGAUGCGGUUGCUGCAGAUUGUUUUUCAGAUAUCGUCAGCAUCCUCGUCAGCAAGAGAGCCAACAUGACGAUACCUGCGCUUUGCUCCGUGACGUCCUCGAAUCUAACCGGAGGUUCUUGUCCUGUGCAAGAUGUGGCAGCGUUCGAGAAAGCUGUCAACAGCAGCAAGUUGCUGGACGCCUGUCGCACCGUUGAUCCUCUUAAAGAGUGUUGCAGACUGGUUUGCCAAGGUGCGAUUAUGGAAGCUUCGCUUAUAAUCUCAGGACACCAGACGACGGUUGGGGAGGGAUCAAACAACAACGUCAAUGCACUUAACGACUGCAAAAACGUGGUGUUUUCGUAUAUUGCGAGGAAGCUUCCAGCAGACAAAGCCAACACUGCGUUUAGGAUAUUAUCGUCCUGCAAAGUUAACAAAGCUUGUCCCUUGGAGAUUAAGGAGCCAACAGAAGUGAUCAAGGCUUGCCGUAAUGUGGCUGCUCCAAGCCCGUCUUGCUGUAGCUCGUUGAAUGCGUAUAUCUCAGGGAUACGGAACCAAAUGCUAAUAACAAACAAGCAGGCUAUAGUGUGUGCAACAGUCAUGGGUUCUAUGUUACGGAAAGGUGGGGUCAUGACGAAUAUAUAUGAGCUUUGUGACGUGGAUCUCAAAGAUUUCAGUGUCCAAGCAUAUGGAAUGCAACAAGGAUGUCUACUGAGAAGCUAUCCAGCAGACUUGAUAUUUGACAACACGACAGGGUACAGUUUUACAUGUGAUUUGACGGAUAACAUAGCUGCGCCAUGGCCAUCUUCAUCGUCAAUGUCUUCUUUGUCGCUCUGUGCUCCUGAGAUGUCAUUACCUGCAUUGCCAACAUCUCAGACUCUUAGGAAUCACGGGUUUCGGGGUGGUGGUGGUGGUGGUGGUGGUGCGUUUGGAGGGUUGCGUCUGAUUAUCAUUUUGGUGAUUAUGUUGUAUGGUGUUGUUGUUAGACAUUAAAAAAAUGAGAUUUUUUUUUUUUAAAUUAAUUUGUUUUGGUAGGGGACUCUCUCUAUGGAUAUGGAUGAGCAGGGAAUCUCAUAUUUGUAUUUCUUUCUUUGUGUAUAUGUUUUUGUUGGGUAACAACAGAGAGUAAUGUAGUAAUAUGUCUUCUCAGUC